AACGGUUUCUACCCCUUUCUCGGCUACCGUUUUGGUGGUGGGGCAGCUGAGCAAGACGAGGACGAGGAGACGUCGGUGGUGCACGCAGGCACCACAGCCACCGAUGUCGUAACAACCGCCCAUCAGCCUCCCAUCGCCACAGCCUCCUCCGGCCUCAUUUCCAAUGUCCCCUCCUCGGCCACCUCGCGCAAACAAUCCACGGGUAUUUUGAGCAACCCCGACCCCUCUAACGACACGCCUCCACGUCACCUCUCCGUCGGAACCGAACCAUCUGAGGCUUCGAAGGCAGAGGACUCGUCGGACGUGUCUUACAUCAACGCGGGUGCGCCCCCCGUCGUGGUUAAAAGCGGUCCGCCUGAAUUGGACGCUGAUUUCCGACGACGCUCGCUGCCCAACUCCCUGAAUGACUACAUCUCGACGGCGCAUCAGCUGAAGGAGUACGUGCAGGGCAUGUUGGCGGGCGCUACCGGCAGAACAAAAUCCACGGCCUCUGGAGGCGGUGGUGGCGGUGGCGGUACGUCGACAUUUCUGCCCUACACUGCUCUCCUCCAACAAACUGCUACAAACGCUCGCGAGAAGCGCGUCCGUCAGCAGUCCGCCUGCGCCUGCCGUCCGCCCGAGAUUUGUCCGUUCAGUAUCGCAGCUCACGAUCUAAACCUCUCCACUGGAUCUUCCAGCCAAGUGACGGUUGAGCUUCUGACGUCGAAGGGCCGCCUGAGUCACAUGUUCCCCGCGCUCAACUCGCCCAACACCCCCAACGCCAGCAUCGUGUCCACCCUCAACCAGGUGGGGGGUGUGUCGUUUGCCGCGGUGAUGGACGGACAAACCGCGCCCAUGGACUCCGCGCAGGACGGUCUGAAUUCCGAGGAGGACGAAGAGGACCUGUCGGCGGACGAUGACGACGACGAAGACGACCAGAACGACUCUGACGACGACGAGGAGGAGGAUGGGGGUGUUUGCAGUGGAGGUGCCCGGGGCGCAGAGAAGGGCACCGAGGGACCACCUCAGGUGGUGCACGUCACAGCACCCAACCAGCCCCCCUCGACUGCGGCCCUCUUCACCCACUGCCAGUACUCCUACAUCGGCGCGGGCAGGUGGCAGGUCUACGUGCAGAUGUGGUUCGUCGAGGAGAGGCUUAAACGCGAGGCCUACCUUCAGGUGCUGGACAACGAGUGGCACGACUACAAUCGUGUAGCGGACCUCUUCGAGGCCUCCAAGUGUUUGAGCACCAGCGACAAGAGCAUCCUAGUCCGGCUCCUCGCAAUGGCUCGUCACAAUAUGCCCCUGAUUGAGGGUGAACUCGUCUUCCCCUGCUACGCCCCCGAGUGCAACAACAACAUCGACGCGCAAGAACUCUACUCGAAGCUCGUCACCCUGCAUUUGCACCAGCAGGUUCAGGAGUCGCUGUGCCGGGUGGCGUCGGACGGUGUGUCCGCGGUCCUGCCGAACCAGCCUACCCCCGCCGACAACACGCCUCCGCGACACCGCAAAUCCCAGACCGAGAUUUCAAAGGGAGACAGCUGGCGGUUGUCCGCAUUGAUGGGUGGUUUUCGCACCUCGAUACCACCCACUUUCGAAUUCAUCCUCUCCGAAUGGCGUUGUGGUGGGGUCUUAGAGGUGGGCGUUACGACGUGGAAACGUUCACACGGGGAGUAUUCGGCCACAGAGACCACCGGACAAGUGCUGGGCGUUGCCUAG